UGUUCUGAUUCGCUGUGUUUUAUUUGGGCUUUAUUCAGGUAACCGUUAGUGAUGUGAUUGUGGGGAAAAACUCUUUAGUGGAUAAUCAAGUCCUUUCGCAGGUAAAUCGAUCGAAAUUCGAAAGGCAUGUCAGGACGUUUAUGAACUAUCACAAAGAUCUGUGGUUGAAUAACAUCACAGCCAUGCAUGCAGUGACAAUAAGAGACCUUAUGCGGAUAUGGAUGCUGUUUCUGUGGUGUGCAUCAUGUAACUGCGGACCAGAUCCUAGGAAGCGAGAGGCUCUGAUAAGUUUGGAGGCGUCUAGACGGACAGGAGGCAACAUAACACUGAACGAGAGAGAGAAACUGCUUGAUGGAAAGCUUCAGAAACUGAAAGAGCAUGAUAUGACAUCAGGACAGUUCCCACCGUCCAUGCAUUUCUUCAAGGCGAAGCGUCUCAUCGAUCAAAGUCCUGUCUUUAGUUUGCUUCAGAAGAUGCCUAAAGGUGCGGCCCUGCACGUUCAUGACUUUGCUAUGGUGGGUGUGGAUUGGCUGGUGAAGAACGUGACCUACAGAGACAACUGCUACGUGUGCUUCACAGAUGAGCAGACCGUGAGGUUUAUCUUCUCUUUUGCACAACCCGCACCUCGUCUGUACUGCUCCUCAUGGAUUCUGCUCAAAUCCCUCAGGGAGAAGAUUAAAAACAGCACUGAACUGGACAACAGUUUCAUUCGAAAUCUCACACUCUUUACCGAGGACCCAGACAGAGCCUAUCCUACCCAAGGUAUUGUGUGGAAAAGAUUUGAGCAGGCUUUCUUAGUGGCCUACGGGCUGGUCACGUAUGCACCUGUGUUCAAAGACUACCUCUAUGAAGGUCUCAGACAGUUUUAUGAGGACAACAUCAUGUAUGUGGAAAUCAGAGCGCUGCUGCCAGCGACGUAUGAACUUGAUGGCAGACUAAAUAAUAAGGACUGGAGUAUGAGGGCCUGCGAGGACAUUGUGAAAAGAUUUACAGCAGACUACCCAGACUUUUUAGGAGCUCGGGUGAUUUUUACCGUCCACAGGGGUAUAAAUGCAACCGAGGCAGUGAAGACAGUAGAGGAAGCAAUGUUGUUACACAAAAACUUCCCAGAAAUCAUGGCAGGCUUUGACUUUGUAGGACAAGAGGACCUUGGAAGACCUCUGUGGUACUUCAAGGACGCUUUGAGUCUACCUGAAGACAGGGGUGUUAACCUGCCCUACUUUUUUCACGCAGGAGAGACAGAUUUACAGGGAACAGAUGUCGAUCAGAACCUCAUGGAUGCUCUUCUAUUCAACACCACACGUAUAGGUCACGGCUUUGCUUUGGCACGUCAUCCUAUAGUUAAGGAGAUGUCUAGAAAGAUGGAUGUACCAAUUGAAGUCUGUCCAAUCUCAAAUCAGGUGUUGAAUCUGGUCUCAGACUUGCGGGAUCACCCAGCGGCGGUUCUGAUGGCUGAGGGUCAUCCUGUAGUGAUCAGCUCGGAUGAUCCAGCUCUCUUUGGGGCCACUGCCCUUUCACACGAUUUCUACGAAGCCUUCAUGGGCUUUGGAGGAAUGAGCUUUAAUUUAGGCACAUUGAAAGAGCUGGUCGUAAACUCCCUCAGGUACAGCUCAUUGCCAAGUCAAAGAAAGAAAAUGGCUAUUGAGGCUUUGCUGGUAAAAUGGGACAAGUUUGUCCUGGAAAGUUUACUCUAGACUACUUCAAACAGGUAGUUUCUAAAUCAGGACAUUUUAAAACGCUGCACUAAGGGCAUUGUUUACAUGUUUUCCCCAUUUGUUUGUCAUAUUGGUGAACAUGCUGGGGUGUGAAUACUGCAGUUUGUGGUGUUACUUGAUGUGAGGAACUGAAUGUAUUAUCUUGAACUGGCCUGUGCUGCCAUCUGGUGCAGAACUGGUACUACUAUUGGUAUCUGUACUUCCAUUGAAACAAAAUGGAGGACUGUAAUGCUUGAACCUUCAGGCUGAUAACAACAGCUUUGUGUGCAAUUUUGUGAAGCAAGUUUUUAGAUUUUUAUGAUGGCAAAGUGACACAACCAAGGAAAGACCACUUCAGGACACCUGAUAAACUAGAAAAACUGUGAUGUACAAUGAUAGUUAAUUGUGUUUUAUUUGAAAAAGUAGUUAUUAAAGGAAUAGUUAGCCAAAAAAGAACAUUUUCAUUUUCAUUUACUCACCUUCAGGCCAUUCAAGAUGCAAAUAAGUUUAUUUCUUCUUCUACAUCUUGCCCACCAGUGGAUCCUCUGCAUUGAAUGGGUGCCAUCAGAAUGAGAGUCCAGACAGCUGAUAAAAACGCCACAAUAAUCCACAUGACUCCAGGGAAGCAAAAAGUUGCAUCUUUGCAUCUUUCAUUUAUAAUUUAUAAUAUUGCUAUUUCCAGUGAAAAUAUCUCGUUUGAAUCAGGAGAGAAAUGUGCACAGAUUAAGCACUGUUUAAUAGCGAAAGAAUCCUAAACAGUUCUAAACAAAUAUGUUGGUGGAUUUUAGGUGAGAGAACAACAGGACUUUUUUACUGGAGGAAGCAUUAUUAUGGAUUAUGUAUUUUGGCCAAAAACGCAGGUGUAAAGUUAAAUUCUUUAACCCCUUAGCAUUCCUUCAAAAUUUGCCUAAAAUUCCUAAAACUUAGUGCUAGUGAAACGCUAACAGGUUACUGAUGAAUUUGUUUUUUAGAAACACAGCUUUUAGCCUCACAAGAUGAUGGACUACUCAUGUUGUAGAUUACUCUGAUGUUUUCAUCAGAUGUUUGGACUCUCAUUCUGACGGCACCCAUUCACUGCAGAGGAUCCAUUGGUGAGCAAGUGAUUUAAUGCUAAAUCUGUCCAAAUCUGCUCCAAUGAAAAAACAAACUCAUCUAAAUUUUUAGCAUAUUUUCAUUUUUGGGUGAGCUAUUCCUUUAAAGUUUUUUUAAAGUACAUUUUUACUUUAACAACCUUGGCAGGCUGAUUUUAGUGACCUGAUUUCAGUUGUUUAUGAAAAUACAACUCCAUAUGAAAUUUGCCAUCUUUACUGCCCUAUUAAAAAUUGCACAACUUU